AUGUUUCAUUCAGAGGCGUCAACAAAUUCAGAGUAUCCUUCAUCGUUUUCCCAUGGAACUGAACAGUCAACAACAGUUGCAACGGUGGAAGAAAAUUUACUCACUGGAUCUGAAAAUAAAAUUACCCCCGAAAAUGCAACAGAAGUCUUCACAUCGGAUUCUACAAAUAAUGUUACCAGUGUUCCUGUUACAGCGAUGAAUACCCUUAUAACUUCUGAAAAACUUGUGCCAUCAGAUUCAUUAAUUUCCGCAGAAAUCGUGGUCUUCCGACUUGCAACUGUAUUAUACACGGACAGCGAGAGAACACCGUAUGUUUGGCAGCCUGAUUUAUCCAACACAUCAUCAAAUGCAUACAUAAAUCUAGCUCAAACAUUUUGCAACAAGAUUUUGGCCAUUUUCAAUCUAUGGAAUCCAGUUGCUUCCAAAGGAGCCCGAUGUUACAAUGUUGUAUUUAUACCAGUUGAUUUUGUUAUUCUUGAGAAAAGACAGUUGAAUGCAACUGGUACCGAGGGACAGAAUGCGACUCAAGGUGUGCAGGGGAACGCAGAUAUCGAUUUGAUUUCAACGAAUGAGACAAAUUUGAAUGAAACGCAGUUGGUUGAAAUCAUUUCCUCUGUCCAAAAUCAGUCAAAUGUAACUUCGGAUACAUAUUUUUUCAAUGUACAAGCAAUUCGGACUUAUGUCGCACCUACAGCGAUGACGGUGUCAUCAGCACCUUUGACACAGACGACAAGAGAAUUGCAGGGAGCAACUGAAAGUUUUUUUAACUUCACAUCAACAACCACGACUGAUGGGCAUUUUACUUCCCAAGUCUAUACAUCAGAAAUCGUGGUCUUCCGACUUGCAACUGUAUUAUACACGGACAGCGAGAGAACACCGUAUGUUUGGCAGCCUGAUUUAUCCAACACAUCAUCAAAUGCAUACAUAAAUCUAGCUCAAACAUUUUGCAACAAGAUUUUGGCCAUUUUCAAUCUAUGGAAUCCAGUUGCUUCCAAAGGAGCCCGAUGUUACAAUGUUGUAUUUAUACCAGUUGAUUUUGUUAUUCUUGAGAAAAGACAGUUGAAUGCAACUGGUACCGAGGGACAGAAUGCGACUCAAGGUGUGCAGGGGAACGCAGAUAUCGAUUUGAUUUCAACGAAUGAGACAAAUUUGAAUGAAACGCAGUUGGUUGAAAUCAUUUCCUCUGUCCAAAAUCAGUCAAAUGUAACUUCGGAUACAUAUUUUUUCAAUGUACAAGCAAUUCGGACUUAUGUCGCACCUACAGCGAUGACGGUGUCAUCAGCACCUUUGACACAGACGACAAGAGAAUUGCAGGGAGCAACUGAAAGUUUUUUUAACUUCACAUCAACAACCACGACUGAUGGGCAUUUUACUUCCCAAGUCUAUACAUCAGAAAUCGUGGUCUUCCGACUUGCAACUGUAUUAUACACGGACAGCGAGAGAACACCGUAUGUUUGGCAGCCUGAUUUAUCCAACACAUCAUCAAAUGCAUACAUAAAUCUAGCUCAAACAUUUUGCAACAAGAUUUUGGCCAUUUUCAAUCUAUGGAAUCCAGUUGCUUCCAAAGGAGCCCGAUGUUACAAUGUUGUAUUUAUACCAGUUGAUUUUGUUAUUCUUGAGAAAAGACAGUUGAAUGCAACUGGUACCGAGGGACAGAAUGCGACUCAAGGUGUGCAGGGGAACGCAGAUAUCGAUUUGAUUUCAACGAAUGAGACAAAUUUGAAUGAAACGCAGUUGGUUGAAAUCAUUUCCUCUGUCCAAAAUCAGUCAAAUGUAACUUCGGAUACAUAUUUUUUCAAUGUACAAGCAAUUCGGACUUAUGUCGCACCUACAGCGAUGACGGUGUCAUCAGCACCUUUGACACAGACGACAAGAGAAUUGCAGGGAGCAACUGAAAGUUUUUUUAACUUCACAUCAACAACCACGACUGAUGGGCAUUUUACUUCCCAAGUCUAUACAUCAGAAAUCGUGAUCUUCCGACUUGCAACUGUAUUAUACACGGACAGCGAGAGAACACCGUAUGUUUGGCAGCCUGAUUUAUCCAACACAUCAUCAAAUGCAUACAUAAAUCUAGCUCAAACAUUUUGCAACAAGAUUUUGGCCAUUUUCAAUCUAUGGAAUCCAGUUGCUUCCAAAGGAGCCCGAUGUUACAAUGUUGUAUUUAUACCAGUUGAUUUUGUUAUUCUUGAGAAAAGACAGUUGAAUGCAACUGGUACCGAGGGACAGAAUGCGACUCAAGGUGUGCAGGGGAACGCAGAUAUCGAUUUGAUUUCAACGAAUGAGACAAAUUUGAAUGAAACGCAGUUGGUUGAAAUCAUUUCCUCUGUCCAAAAUCAGUCAAAUGUAACUUCGGAUACAUAUUUUUUCAAUGUACAAGCAAUUCGGACUUAUGUCGCACCUACAGCGAUGACGGUGUCAUCAGCACCUUUGACACAGACGACAAGAGAAUUGCAGGGAGCAACUGAAAGUUUUUUUAACUUCACAUCAACAACCACGACUGAUGGGCAUUUUACUUCCCAAGUCUAUACAUCAGAAAUCGUGAUCUUCCGACUUGCAACUGUAUUAUACACGGACAGCGAGAGAACACCGUAUGUUUGGCAGCCUGAUUUAUCCAACACAUCAUCAAAUGCAUACAUAAAUCUAGCUCAAACAUUUUGCAACAAGAUUUUGGCCAUUUUCAAUCUAUGGAAUCCAGUUGCUUCCAAAGGAGCCCGAUGUUACAAUGUUGUAUUUAUACCAGUUGAUUUUGUUAUUCUUGAGAAAAGACAGUUGAAUGCAACUGGUACCGAGGGACAGAAUGCGACUCAAGGUGUGCAGGGGAACGCAGAUAUCGAUUUGAUUUCAACGAAUGAGACAAAUUUGAAUGAAACGCAGUUGGUUGAAAUCAUUUCCUCUGUCCAAAAUCAGUCAAAUGUAACUUCGGAUACAUAUUUUUUCAAUGUACAAGCAAUUCGGACUUAUGUCGCACCUACAGCGAUGACGGUGUCAUCAGCACCUUUGACACAGACGACAAGAGAAUUGCAGGGAGCAACUGAAAGUUUUUUUAACUUCACAUCAACAACCACGACUGAUGGGCAUUUUACUUCCCAAGUCUAUACAUCAGGUAUUAUUAACACUACAGAGACAACAAUCACCACAACCAGCUCAGAAACAGCUACAACAACAGCAGCGUUUGACAGUAACUUAAACUCAUCCACACAAAGCGUUGACAUCAAAUUCACAAAUGCAUCAUUCAGUUCUACAUUACCCGUAACACCAAGUGAUGGCUUCUCUUGGGAAUUUUUCGAAAACACUUUACCACCAAAAGUUGACAAUCCUUUAGUCGGUGAAAUGAAGGCAUUUAUUUUUUCAGCAGAAACAUCCCUUCCGAUAAACUGGACAGAUGAUUUAAUGAAUAAAUCCAGCGUACUUUACAAGAAUUUAGCAUCAGAAGUUAUUUAUUUAAUUUCAAGAAGUUUACGGUUGCGUGAUAGGGAAAUUUCGCUACUAUUCGAUAUCCUUAACACAACAUUUGUCCAAUCUGCCAACCCCUCGCAAUUAAUCAAUAAGGAUCAAGGUGUAUUGGUGAUAGUUACAAUGGAAUUCACGUCACUUAAAGCUUCACGACUAAAUGACACUGAGAUUACAAUGAUUUUCAUUGAGGGAUCGAGAAAGCUGAAUAUCACUUCUGGAUUAGUUUUAGAUAAUAUUCAAUUUUCGCGCUAUGCGUUCAUAACAACCGCUACUACUGCUACAAUAGAAACGAUUUCUAUCAGUCCAACUGCAAGUUCUACUGAAGUUGUCUUCACGGAAACAGAAAUUGAAGAUUAUCUUAUCGGGGAUAUUCAUGCCCUUCUGUAUACAGCGGAAAGUUUGAUGCCAGUAGAAUGGUCAGAUAAUUUAACGGAUACUUUAAGCUUCCUGUAUACAAAUUUAUCCGGACAAGUUGUUUCUCUGGUGUCAAAAAGCUUACAAAUGGAUAAUUUAGGAACUUCAUUGAAUGUCACUUACCUAAACACCACAUUUCUGAGAACUCUUGUCCCAAAUCAAAUAACCAAUUGGAAUCACAGCAAGAUGCCUGUAACUGUGAAACAUAAUAUAACAGGUGUUACUGUAAAGAUAACAGUAAAAUUUAAUUCAAAAAUAAUAUCUAACCUAAACGAUGACGAGGUCACAAUAAUUUUGAAUAACGCAUGGAGGAAAACAAAUGUGACAUCGGGAAUAAUACUAGUGAAUAUACAGUUCUAUAGUUUUAGAGAAAUCAGCACAACAGUUCACACCACUCCUGGAGAAGAACUUGAUCAGGUAACCACUAUAUCAUCAAUGCCAACUGAAGUCCAUCCACCAACUCGUGAAGUGAUUCUACGAUUUGAAAUCACUGCCACACUCCGUCAUGAGAUAUUCUCAGCACCAUUAAAAUUUAUGGAAUAUAUAAAUAAUCCACUGAAAAAUUUAUACAAUACAAUGGGAAAUUCAUUCUGCACUAUAAUCAGUAGUAGUCUACGUGUGGGCUAUCCUCUGCUCGAAAACUAUGCACCGCAUAUAUAUAAGGCACUGUCAAUGGAAGGGAAAAAUAUGAAUGCAACUAAGAAACUAAUUUGGAAUUAUUUGCUUGAAAAGGAAAUUGAAUGUAUAUUUAUCAAAUUCAAAAUUAUUGACAAAAUAAUUAAAGAUAAUCGAAUCUCUGAUCAUCUAUCGAAAUGGAGAAUGACUAAAGCUGUACAAGCUAGUGCUAUCAUAUCUAUCAGUGUGCCGAUUACAUUCAAUUUCAACGAAACUUUACUUACACUAAUUUUGAAUGCUGGUUACAAUAAAUUAAGUCAUAUUUAUAUAUUUACACUUUUUAAUAUUGAAGCACAUGAAUUAAGUGUAACAGAUGAAAUAAUUCAAAUCAGUGAAGUCACAGCAAGCAACAGUUUCACUCCAAAAUCAUCUUAUGAAAUGAUCAAUAUAACACUAAGUAUAGAAUUCACAAUUCAUCUUGCUGAAAUCCCAUUGAACAUUCGCUGGGCAGAUGACCUCUUCACAAAGUUGAAUCCUACACUGCAAAAUUUGGCUGAGUCAAUAUGUGAAUUGGUUUUGAAGAGUAUACGCUUGAGUAAUGCCAAAAUCUCCCAAGAGAUGAUUUGUGUACAGGUUAUCUUCCUUCAUGUUACGAGAAAGUUGCAGGUGGAUCGAUCAAAUAAUAGCAUAGUUGCGUAUCAUACUGUAGUAGAAAAACUUCGACAAAAUGUAACUCUUCAACUUAGUUUACGGGAAGAUAUGGAGCCAAGUGAUGCUGAUAUAAAAAGGACAAGUUCAAAGCAUUUACCACAUGAAAUGAAAACAAGUGAAUCAACGGAGAAAACAUGGGGCACCAUAACAAAUAAAAGCCCAAAUGAGUGUUUCAUUAAUCCCAAUCUUCCUACUUGUAGUGCCAACGAUGUUGGACGUGGAAUUCGUGAUCUACAUCGAGGAGCUGUCAACACCGAUGCGUUGGUCGGACAACCUGACAGAUCCGUCGAGUUCUGA